CCUAGGCUGCCGAAGAGAGCCUUGCGGCUGCUGUGAGGCGAUGGCGGCGACGGCCUUUCUGCGCCGGGCGGGGGCUUGGCAGCCGUUGCAGCCGGGCGUCCUGGAGCGACUCUCCGUGGCGCGGAAGUGUGUUUCACGGGUUUCAAGAUGGAGAUGGUGCCUUAUUACAUCUUGUGGCUUGCACUCAACUGUAUAUGAUCCUAAUGAAAAAACCUUUGAGAAACUUCUUAUUGCCAACAGGGGAGAAAUUGCCUGUAGAGUAAUUAAAACCUGCAAGAAGAUGGGAAUUAAAACAGUUGCUAUACACAGCGAUGUUGAUUCCAAUGCUGUCCAUGUGAAAAUGGCGGACGAAGCAGUCUGUGUUGGCCCAGCUCCCACUAGUAAAAGCUACCUCAACAUGGAUGCUAUCAUGGAAGCCAUUAAAAAAACCCGGGCCCAAGCUGUCCACCCAGGAUAUGGAUUUCUUUCAGAAAAUAAAGAAUUUUCAAGGCGUCUGGAAUUCGAAGGUGUUGCUUUCAUUGGACCAGACAUGCAUGCUAUCCAAGCGAUGGGGGACAAGAUAGAAAGCAAACUCUUAGCCAAGAAUGCAAAGGUCAACACAAUACCUGGUUUUGAUGGGGUGGUCAAGGAUGCAGAUGAAGCUGUCAGGAUUGCGAGGGAAAUUGGCUAUCCUGUCAUGAUCAAGGCUUCAGCUGGUGGUGGUGGGAAAGGCAUGAGAAUCGCAUGGGAUGAUGAAGAGACCAGGGAAGGUUUUAGGUUUUCAUCUCAGGAAGCUGCUUCAAGUUUUGGCGAUGAUCGAUUGUUAAUAGAAAAGUUUAUUGAUAACCCUCGUCACAUAGAAAUUCAGGUGUUGGCUGAUAAGCAUAACAAUGCAUUAUGGCUGAAUGAAAGAGAAUGUUCCAUUCAGAGAAGAAAUCAGAAAGUGAUUGAAGAAGCACCAAGCACUUUUUUGGAUCCUGCUACACGUAGAGCAAUGGGAGAACAAGCCGUAGCUCUUGCCAAAGCUGUAAAAUACUCAUCUGCUGGAACAGUUGAAUUCCUGGUAGACUCAAAAAAGAAUUUCUAUUUCUUGGAAAUGAACACUAGACUUCAGGUUGAACAUCCCAUCACAGAAUGCAUUACCGGUCUGGACCUAGUCCAAGAAAUGAUCCGUGUUGCUAAGGGUUACCCUCUCAGGCACAAACAGGCUGAUAUUCCCAUCAACGGCUGGGCUGUUGAAUGUCGAGUAUAUGCUGAGGAUCCCUACAAAUCUUUUGGACUGCCAUCUAUUGGUAGGUUGUCUCAGUACAAAGAGCCGCUGCAUGUGCCCCAUGUUCGUGUUGACAGUGGCAUACAACAAGGAAGUGAAAUCAGCAUUUACUAUGAUCCCAUGAUUUCAAAGCUGAUCACCUACGGAUCGAAUAGAGCUGAAGCUCUGCAACGGAUGGAAGAAGCCUUGGACAAUUACGUAAUAAGAGGUGUAGCCCAUAAUAUUGCUUUACUACGGGAAGUGAUAACCCAUCCACGCUUUGUCCAAGGAGACAUCAGCACUAAGUUUCUGCCUGAUGUGUAUCCAGAUGGCUUUAAAGGACAUCAGUUGACAGAUUCAGAAAAAAGGGAACUCUUAGUAACAGCGGCAUCUUUGUAUGUGGCUGAACAGCGUAGAUCGCAGAGAUUUCUAGGGAUUCCAAGGGCAUCUGUAGUUAAACCUGAUGCAAGUAACUGGGAGCUGUCAGUCCAACUGGGAGAUGCAACUCACUCAGUUAUAGCUUCAUGUCAAGGGUCAACAUUCUUGGUGGAAGUUGAUGGGAUAAAACUUAGCGUGACUGGUGAGUGGAACUUGGCUUCAGCCCUCUUGCCUGUUUCUGUGGAUGGCAUUCAGAGAACUGUACAGUGCCUUUCACGGGAUGCCAGUGGAAACUUUAGCAUUCAGUUCCUUGGUACAGUGUACAAGUUACGUAUCCUGACCAAGCUUGCCGCAGAGCUGAGCAAAUUCAUGCCCGAGAAAGUGGUGGAGGACAGCAGUAGCAUCCUGAGAUCCCCCAUGCCUGGAGCAGUGGUGGCCGUUUCUGUAAAGCCUGGAGAUAUGGUUGUGGAAGGGCAGGAGAUCUGUGUGAUUGAAGCUAUGAAAAUGCAGAACUGUCUGGUUGCUGCUAAAACUGGCAAGGUGAAAGCUGUGCACUGCAAGGCUGGUGAAACUGUUGGGGAAGGAGACGAGCUUGUGGAACUAGAAUGAAACCAUUUCUUUCAUGUCACGUCACAAUGGGACUUUGUGGCUGUGUUUAGAGAACACAACACAUUCUAUUUAAAACAGAGGUUUUCUGGCAUAGGGCUGAUCACAGCCUGUUUGCUGUGUUCACCCUUCCCUUGCUGUUCCCUCUUUGUGUCUUAGGCAGAACAUGAUUCAACUCUUCCCAGUUUGAUCAAGCUCCAGUUCUAAGUUAGGGUUUAUCCAAACUUUAGAAUCCUGUCUGGGUGGGAACAAGCUUCGCUUUAGGAUCCUGUAUUUGGACAUCAUGACAAACGGGAGGGACAUGCUGCCAAAUAUCACCACUCUCAAAAUCAAAUGAGUCCCAAUGUAACUAGAGAAUUGUGACUUAAUCAUUGCUAGGACAUGGGUUCUUUAAAUCUGUAUUGCACAAAGGAUUACGGGCCGUAUGGCAAACCCUGCAAAAGACAGCAAUAAAUUUGCCCUGGUUCUCCGACUUCACUCCUUUUCUAAAUAUCUGUACAUCUGUCCACAGUUCUACUGGUAUCAAACAAUCAUUAAAACAAUACAUUUGAAUAUAAACACUGUAUGCGUCAUCUGACUCCUUCACAACAUUGACACUUUAGUUUUAAAGCACCCUGUAGCUAUGCAGUGGAAUGAGACAUCAAAUGAACUUCAGACUGCAGGUGAGGGGCACAGUUUUUGAACUGUCCUCCUAAAUAAAAAUUUCCUCUUAAGUAUAUCACUGCAGGGUGAAAGAUGGGCUUAAAUUCUCUCGCUUGUGUGCUAAGCUUCUACUUUCAAAGUAGGGCUUUUAAGAAAACAGUAUUCCUCACCUGCAGUCUGAUGUGGUAUAGUCCAUUUCAUCCUCUCAGGUCUCUACUGCAGCAUUCUGCCACAUCUGUACUUCUGGCAUAAGGGGCGCAUCAUUAACCAUAUUUUGCUUCUCUUCACCUCGAAUUGGAUCCAGACUAAAUUUUCCAGUGCUAUAAUGGAACUUUCCUCCCCUGUGCAUCACCACUGCAGCCCACAAUUCCAGAAGAUGCUGUUCCUGGGGAAUGGGAGAAGCUGAGAAAUGGCGGGGUGGUGGUGGUGUGGCUGCUGCAAGAAGGGGGAAAUCAAUGGAUAUUGCCAACCCUUACUAUACAGUGUGUUUUUAGAGCUGAUUGUUUUUUGCAUCUUGUAGUCUGAGCUCCAAGUCUCUUAAUAAUUGAAUACUGGUAGACCUAGGAAUGCCUUAACAUAAUUCUUAGAAAAUAUAUUCAACAGCAGCAGGUACUGCAGGGAGCCUCAGUGUCACCUAAAACUCUCUUAAAUGGCCUACCUCAACCUGAACUCCCUCCUUUACUUGUAAGAUGGAAUGGUCAGCAGGCCAGGAUAGCCUAGGACCAGCAGUAUCUCUUUUCUUCCUUGACUGUCCAGCCAUUCUGUGUAACUCAGUUCACUUGUACAUUAAACACCAGUGUUGCCACAUAAAGGUAUUCCGCUUCAAUGCCUUUCUUAAAAAUACGUGGGUUUUUUUACAGAAUAGCUCUUUGACUUUUGCUGCAUGAACUAUGCCACAUUUCAGGAUAUAAAAGGGGAGGAGCCCUUUCUUUUGUCCAUUUUUGCCAUUUUUUUUAAACACAAAAGAGCAAUACCAAUGUGGUGAGGAUCUGGGAAUAGUAAGCAACAGAAGUGUGUGUGUGUGUGUGUGUGAAGGUUUGACAGACAGGUUCAACAAAUGCAGUCUAGCCCCAGCUGUAGGGCCACAUUACUAUUUCCAUCACAAGUUGAUGCUUCCCACCCUGCCGCUUCUGUACCAUUGAGAUCACACUCCACUGAUAACGCCCACUUCCUGUGUUACCAAACUCUGUCAAGACCAUAAGAAUACUGAACUUUGC